CGUACCGCCGCCAUGACGGUCAGGUGGCCGGCGGGGAGGGUUUGGAGAUGCUGCAGCUGCUGGAGAAGCUCCCGGCGGGACGGGCCCCCGAGUUCCUUCAUAAAGUAGUUGAUGGCAUAUGUGGCCGUGCAUAUCCUCGAUACCAAGAUUAUGGCACCAUUUGGAGCUUGUCAGAGUGGAUGGAGGUUUUAGAAGAAACAAUGGCCUAUUUCAAAACUGCAGUUGGCAAAAACAUAUCUGAUGAAGAGGCUGCUCAGCAGAUAAGUGAGUUAAAUUCAGACUACCAAGAAGCAAUCACAAAAUGUCUGAAGGGUAGAAAGGAAGAAAUCAGGAAUGCCCUAGUGGAAAGCGUAAAUGGAAUCUCUUCUGCCCAGCUGCAGGAUUUUGACUGGCAGUUAAAGCUUGCUCUUUCCAGUGAUAAGAUCUCCGUGCUGCAAAUGCCACUCCUCAAUCUUGAUUUGGAUGUGAGAGAAAAUGGUGAAAUUAAGCCAAUUUCUAUAGAGAUGAACAAGGAAGAGUUGCAGAACCUAAUAAAUGCACUGGAAGCUGCUAAUAAGGUUGUCCUACAACUGAAAUGAUGGAAUUCAGAUCAUCAACAGUGUCUGCUAGUGAUGGCUCCCCAGUUGAUUUGGAGGAAAAAAAUGUAUUCUCUGCAAAGCAAAAAGUUGUUGGUGCUGUAGAAUACUAAAGUGAGAAGGCUGUUAUGACUUGUGACCAAAUAAACUACUAAUCCUUUGAUAAAAGUAGUAAAAUCUUGUAUCUGUUUGAUCAAAAAUAUGAAAAUCCAAUGUACAGUUGCUUUUAGUACUGAAGAUUUAUAGACCUUUGGAAAAGAAUCACUUAUGACAUGUGCCAUAUUUGUUUUGGUUAAACUUUGAUGGUGACCACACAGGUGCCUAGUAAAACUAAGGCAUCUUACUUGCAUACUGUGUUACCUUAUCUGAAGUGCCAUGAUAAUAACAUGAGAGAGUAUUUGUAGCAUUAAUAUAUUUUAUAUUGUAAAUAUGGUAAAUAAAGACCUACUUUUGUGUGUGAAUAA